AAACUUUUUGUGUCUUUGCACUCCUCAGAUGUACUGCCUGGUUAUUUGGUUUCAGCGCGCUGUAUGGUGCAAAAUACUCUUGCAUCAGAAUACUUCCCUCUUUCGUGCACAGUUACUGAUGGGUCAGAAAAGAAAGAAACCACUGGUUGCCUCAGAGAUCAUUUUGGUGACGAUGUCAAAGAUAUCGUAGAUCAUGGUAUCCAUGGUUGUCGAAAUGUUUACAAAAUGAUCAUGGUGCCUGGAGCAGCUGAGUGGUGGAUAGAAGAAUUUAGCCGAAGGCACACCACAGCGCUCUGCAGAGGGGAUGAAGAUUCAAUGGAUACCAGUUCCAGCUUACCUGUUCCUACAAAAAUUCCAGAGUUUAUUGCCAAGAUUUUUGAUAAUGGGACUCCUGAGCUAAAACCCAACACCGUCGUUGACGUUUAUGGCUACUUAUCCGCACCUGUGCAAGAAGAAAAUGACGGCCAAAGAGAAACAGCAGCCCCAAAGCAUUUCAAUCUGCAUGUUUUACGCGUAGUAGGAGUCAGUCAUGUUCCAGAACUAUUUCCGGAGAUAGCGACUUCUAAUCCUGCUUCUCUGCGUACCGACCUCGUUAAGGAAAUUUCCUCUGUGCUUGGUAGCUGUGCAGCUGCAGACACUUUUGUUAACUUUUUAGUAUCCACUACAUAUUCCCGGCCUGGAGGCACGCCGCUCUGCUUCUUACCUCUUAAUCUAGCUGGGGUUGAAGAUGCGUCAUCUGUUGAGUAUAUUGUUGAUAUGGUGCGACAUCUUAUGCCAAAGGUGAAGCUGCUAACGCUUACUCCUGAUUUACUGUGCAAGAAGCGCUUUGCUCCCGUGAAAAACUAUGAUGCUGAUGAGCUUCUACAAGGAGAAUUGCAGCUUAGCGAUGGUACCGUUCUCAUUAUUGACGAAACCAGUCUUCCCAGAGCUUCAUUUCCCGUAAAUGGUUUUGUUGAAGAAAACUUGAAGGUGCUUGAAGAACUCAUUGUCGAUCACAGAAUGCAUUAUGAUUAUGGAUUCUAUAAGAUUCCAAUGGAUGUCGAUUACAACAUCUUAAUUCUGUCCAGGAAAGAAUCAAGGUUUUUCAAGACUCCAUUCCGAAUCCCGUUGCAAUCAACUACAUCUAAGUCAAAACCUUCAUUUUCAAACAUUGAGGACAAGCGACAUUAUAUUCAGCAAAGUCGUGCUAGCGUCAGUACAAUAUCGCUUUCGGAUGAAGUAUCUAAGAAAAUUCAAGAUAGCUAUGUUACUAUGUGCUCUACUUUGGAUAAGAAGAUUGACAAAGCAGCACUUUUGAAUGAAAUGUUGAUUAUGUCAAGGUGGGUCUAG